AUGACCGAAUUCGAACUCGAUCCUAUUGUUAUUUACGAUAAUCUUGUAACUUUGCGAGUUAAACCACAAUCAGGAGGAAAAAAUGUUAAUAACGAGACACAAUUAUUAUCCAACUUACGAAUAGAUACUGCUUCUGUCAUUAAGGAAAUUGGUCGCUUUCGCGCAUGUGACUCGGGAUCAUGCCUUUAUUGCCGAGAAUGGGCUUCAUUUGUUUAUAAGAAAAACCAUACUUGGACAGUCAAGAAUCAUGCUCAAAACGUUAACGGAGAUAAUGUUGGAGGAAACAACGUAAAGAAACCAAAGAAGGUCGCAUCAGAUAUUCAUCAACACUUUUGUGAUCUGAUUCUUCAGCAUGGAGAAAAGGUUAAAUCUGGAUCAUUUAAUGAAACGGCCGAUUUAGUUGACGUUAUUGUUCAAGAGGCUUUUUCAUGGAUUAAAUCACCAAGCAAUUUGUAUGCAUCGCCUGAUACCUUUGCUCCUGUAGAAUUCGAUACGCAUCAUCAAGCGGUACCAAUCCCCGAACAUGAAAAUGUUCAGUUAUCUCUUAUUGACGUGAUUGGGAUUGAAAAAUCUCAUUUACAAAUUCAAAAGGAUUCGUUUCCACUUCUUAAAAAUAUUAGCAAGGUUCAACAAUGUAACCAUACCAAACCGGAUUGGAAAUAUCCUUCCGACCUUGACCUUGAUCGGAGAGUAUUCAAUGAUCAGUUAUUUAAGGAGGCUGGUAAAAAUGAAGAAGCAUUAAACGAAAGUUUAGGUCAGGUAUGGUCACAUGUUAAUAAUUUUUUAACUUUAAUGCUUCAAUUGGAAGCAAAACGAGAUUUAUCUUUGGGGAAGGGAUGUAUAGUGAACCUAUCGAAUUUUUUGAAAGAAUACCAGGACGAAUGUCUUUUAUUUCAUGAGUAUUGGGCGCCAGUUGCUGAAGCUUAUAAAAAGUCGGGUAAAUCCAAGAAAGGGUCCCUUACAAAUUCGGCGAACGUGGAGGACAUAGACACUGCUUUUCACACGUAUAUUAAUAACGUUAAGAAUGUGAUUUCGCUUUGGGAAGGAGGUUUUAUUGAAAAGUCCGUGAAUGACGCAACGCAAUUUGGAGAGGAGGUACAGCGAACAUUAGUUAAUAUUUUAGAAGAAAGUGAAGAAAGGUUAGUUAGCGGACGUGUUGCAGAAUUUCAUAAUAAUAUUUUACAAAAAUGUGGUGAUGCACUAAGAACAGUGAAGGACAUUAAAUUAUUAUUAUCAAAACGUGUGUCAAUGUUACGCACAGAAAUAACCCAAAAAAGUCAAGAACUUAUCCAAGAACUUGAAGCACUUGAGGAAGCCUAUAAGAAUGAAUCCCAAAAGACAACAGUAGGUAGAUUAGAGAAGGCAAAUAAUAAAGAAUUUCGUAAGCGAAUCAAAAAAAUAGAGAUGACAGUAUAUGGAGCUAGGCAAAAUGCCAUCCUUUCAAUUGGAAAUUUGUUUCCAGUUACCGAUUUUACGGGAAUUUUCACUAAAAGUUUGGAAAUUUUAAUGAUGGAGGGUGAAAUGUGGGAAGCUAUUCAAUUAGGACGGCAUUACAAAAAUUAUGAAUCAACUUCGCAUAAACUUGAGUCACAAAGACAGAAACUAUUAAAGGGUUAUAAGGAAGGGAUUGAAACUGGACGGAAAACUCUGUCUGGUAUUAUCGGGCGCUUGUUUUUAAAGGAAGCUCAGAGGCAGCAGGAUGAGACCUUGGCUCUAAGGAAACAAGAAUCACUUUUACAAUCGAUAGAACAAGGUAAACAGGAGUCUGGUAAGAAGAAAAAAGGCGAAAAAGAUCAAACUGCAAAUACGCAUAUUCUUACACCAUCAGUAGACAAAGAGACCGGUUCAGAAUCUAAAUCCGAAUCGCCUGUUGAUGCAAAGUCUGCAUCAAAUCCUAAAAUAACGAACCACCAUGAAGAUGUUAAUGAUUCACAGAAACAAUUAAAGCAACAACAAUUUUUAAGGAAUAUGAUAACUGAAAAUAGUUCGAAAGACUUUACGAAUAAUAGUUCUUGGUCCAUGAACUCAGAAACAGCAAGCGCACCACCACUCAAUGGUUCUUCGCAAACUAGUUCAACUUAUAAUGAGAAGAAUAAAGUUAACGGAUUGCCAAGUCAAACUCAUGAUACUAAUGGGCGCCAAUUAUCGGCUCCACCAGGGUUGGGUCCGAUACCUGGAGAUGCAAAUCCAAGACCUAUUUCCAAUGGUCAGUCAUUUCCAUCAAAUGGAAUCUAUGACGAUGCUAGUAAUUUAAACCUUGAUACUUUGAGCAGGUCCGAUAUGACAAUGCUCAUUCAGAAUUUAUUUACCGAGAAAGCUCAAUUGUUAUCCACUCUGAUUUCAAUGCAAAAAGAAGUCAAGGCAAUGACCGAUCGAUAUGCAAACCUUUUGGAGGUAGCUCGUGAUCGUGAAUUUCAAACAAUCCAAAUGUUUGAAACACGAAAGCAACAAGAGAUGGAAGAGGCGAUGAAAUAUAUUCAAACGUUAGAGUUAAGAAUAUCUCAAUUAGAAAAGCAGAACCAUGUAGGUAAUAAUAAUGAGUCGUUAAGUCCAAAAAAUAGCUCUUCUCCGGGAAGUCCGAUUGGAAGUUCUAAUACUAGUCAGACUACGCAAUCAUCUUCAAGUGGAUUUAGUCUCUUUCCAACCAACAGAACAAAUACAGGUGGAUCUAAAAAGUAUUCAAAUCCUUGGCGAACCCCUUCUAGCGUGAGAUGCGGUAAUUGCGGAGAUCAGGGUCAUGUUAGUCAGGAUUGUACAAUUGGAUGUAGAUAUUGUGGUGAUUUGGGACAUUUAAGUGAGAACUGUGAUACUUCUAUUCUCGGUGGUGGUAGUGUCAAUUCUGAUAAGAGUGACAAGGUCAUUGAUCAAAAUGUUUCAAGCCUCAUCUAA